AUGUUUUUAACACGUUCCGAGUAUGACCGUGGUGUAAAUACCUUUUCUCCCGAAGGUCGUCUUUUCCAAGUUGAAUACGCCAUUGAAGCCAUCAAGCUUGGCACAACUGCUAUUGGUGUUCAAACAUCUGAAGGUGUUGUCUUGGCUGUUGAGAAGCGUGUGUCUUCCACUUUAUUGGAACCUAGCUCUAUUGAAAAGAUUAUGGAAAUUGAUGAACAUUUAGGCUGUGCAGUCAGUGGUAUGACUGCCGAUGCCAGAACCAUGAUUGAACAUGCACGAGUUGCUGCUCAAAACCACAGAUUUACAUACGACGAGAAACUCAAAGUUGAAAGUGCUACUCAAAGUGUAUGCGAUUUGGCAUUGAGAUUUGGUGAGGGUGCCGAAGGUGAAGAAUCUAUCAUGAGUCGUCCAUUUGGUGUUGCAUUACUCAUUGCAGGUGUUGAUGAAAAUGGACCUCAACUUUUCCAUGCUGAUCCUUCAGGUACAUUUAUGAAGUAUCAAGCAAAGGCUAUUGGAUCAGGUUCUGAAGGUGCCCAAACUGAAUUACAAAAAGAAUAUCACAAAUCAAUGACUUUAAAGGAAGCAGAGACUCUCGCCUUGACUGUCUUGAAGUCUGUCAUGGAGGAAAAGUUGAACAAAACCAAUGUCCAAAUCGCAGCUGUUACACCAGAGCAAAACUUUAGAGUCUAUUCAGAGGAAGAAUUACAAGUUGUCAUUGAUAGAUUGUAA